AUGAAAUUUUCAAUUCAGGAACUGAUUAACGCUGGACUGACAACAAUUGACGUCCGCAAACCAGACGUACAGUUUGACCAUGUGGUGACGGUUGUCGAACCAGAGGUGGUCCAGCUUGGUCUUCGUCUAUCAUCGCCAAUUCAUCGACUUGGAGACGAUACUACAACGGCCGGCACAUCGUCGUCAGCCAACACACUUAUCACGUCACCUCAACGAGGAUCGGCCAAUGCCGAGCACCGGAUUGUCGUCCUCGAGGGAGUAUCUCAGAAAUUCCACAAUGCUAUGACGUUAAGCCUGAAAAAGGUCCAAAAGCUCGCCACUGAAUCCGCUGAACCGUCGACGUUUGUCCAAAUCGAGAUCAUCAAGCCGAAUGAAAGCAGCGAAGAAGUGCUGACCAUCGUCGAUGCAGAGAAGCUCAUCCCUGACCUGCUGAGAGUAGCCGCUGCGGCCAGCAAGUUGAAGAUGGAGAAUGUUACUGUAAGUCUGGUGAAGCAGGGCGAUACAGCUCACCAGGAGCUUGUCAUCGAGUAUGAAAGCCAUAUUGAAGAUGCUGUCGAUUUCAACUUAUCACAUUUUGUCUACGAAGGCCACAAAAGCGAGGUGAGCACCCGACAAGAGAGGUGGUCUCGACGAUCUCGAUAUUCUGACGUGGACGACAAGGUGGUGGCAGUUUUCAUGGAGGUGGAUGCAACUUGUCCCGACCAGAGUGUGGAAAUUGUGGCAUCGGUUAGUAUGCCUGCAGAGGUCAAAGUGGAUCGACCGCCUGCAACACCUUCGCCAGAAAUGAUGGAGGUAUCCGAGUCGUUAACGGAGUCGUCGAACGCGGUAGGACAGCAGAUUCCAAGGUGUGUGAAUUGA